AUGGAACUUACUAUUUCCAAAACUACCACGAUUAUCAGCUCUCGACUAUUGUUCAAUGCUAUAAUUUAUGCACCUGUCGUUGCACAUGCCGCGGUUUGCUUGCUCGCACAGGCCUUAGUCGGUUGGCCAGUCAGCGUACCCCGCCGCCUUGUAGCUGACCUGGCCCAGUGGGUUAUAAACCGCAUCGCUCAGUUGCAACUUGACUCUGAGGUGACAGGUGAUGCGAAAACCAGCACUAGUGAAAGUCCAGCUGUCAUAUAUUUGAUGAAUUGUACGAAUGACAGCUUCAGUCCGCUCGUCGAAUUGAUUGACAGCGUGGCAGAACUCGCACGCCUUAAAUUCAAGAUAUAUUAUGAAAAAAAAGAUGAAAUAUCAUCGUUGAUCGUAAAAACAGAUUCCAUGCUGCGUAAAAUUCCAGGCUUAAUGGCUUAG